AUGGCAGACACCAAGAAAACCGUUCUCAUCACGGGCAGCACCCGCGGAAUUGGUCUCGCACUGGUGGAGCACUACACCAAGGCUGGCUGGAACGUGAUUGCCACAGCUCGCGCUACUAGUAACACUGACAAGCUCAUGGCCUUCUCCCCGUUCAAGACGGUCAAGCUGGACACGAGUGACGAGUCUUCGGUGCUUGAAGCGGCCCGUGACUUGAACGGUGUGCCCAUCGACCUGCUCAUCAAUAACGCCGGCGUUGCCCAACCCACGACUUUCGCGACGGCCACGAAGGAAUCGCUCAUGCAGCACAUCGAAGUCAACGUCACUGGUCCGUUCUUGGUGACACGUGCGCUGUUGCCAAACCUGGAACUGGCGGUCAAGGCACGAGGGGAUGCUGUUGUGUUGCAAGUCUCCUCUGUUGUGGGCAGCAUAAGCCUCAACACGGAGGAAAACGCGCACAUGGUUCGUGGUCACUAUGGCUACGUCGUGUCCAAGGCCGCACUCAACAUGGUGACGCGCUCACUGGUCUUGGACCUACGCGAGCGCAACAUCAUUGUCGUUGCCGCGAAUCCUGGUUUCGUGGAUACCGAGAUGAAUGGCCAUCAAGGCCACAUCAAGCCCGGUGACUCGGCCGCUUCGAUGGCUAAAAUCGUCUCCGAGGCGUCGCUCAAGGACUGGCAAAUUCUUCGACGCGGACCCCACCACGUCUACGACCGAAUUGCCGUGGUGAGUGCAGGUGAAGCGCCACAUCAAACACCAACCAGUGUAACUCGACACGAAUAA